GCGGAUAUGAUCAUUGACAGGAACUUGGUUGAUUGACUUUGUGCGAUAUUGUCAAAAUGGAUCUCAUCGAGCUCUCAAACACCGUGUCGAAAUCAGCCCGUGUGAUGUCGGGCAUUCUGGAGGAGAACAAACUGAAGCUCUCGCUUGAUCCCCAGUGUCCUGAUCCUAGCCAUUUUGCACUCCCCAACGCGGAGGCCUUCCACGCUGCCCGCACACAGCUCCGCGAUGCGGCGUUGCACCUGGUCGAUCUACUGUCCGGGACCCAGGAGACCCUCCAGGGGAUUCAGUAUAACCUUGUUAUCUCGUCCGCCCUGCAGAUCUCCUGGCGGUUCAAACUGCCCCAGGCGGUGCCUCUCAACGACUGCAUUAGCUACGAGAACCUCGCUGCAAAAGUCGGACUGGACCAGGGUGUGAUCGAAAGAGUGAUGAGGACUCUCAUGACGCGAGGCAUGUUCCACCAACCGGACCCAGACCAUGUCUCUCACUCUCGUCUAUCCGCCACACUGGCCACCGAGCAAUGGCCGGAUGCCCUGUUCAGCAUGGUAUUCGGCUGGGCGACCCCGGCAAUCAUGCACGUGGCGGAUGCGUUGACAAAAUGGGGGUCAAGCCAGAAGCCCAAUGAGACUGGGUUUAACGUUGCCAAGAACACGGACAAGACGAUGUGGGAGCUCUUGGAGCAGGAUCUCGAGGCCCAGAAGAUGUUCGGGAAGUUCAUGAACUUCACGUCUGAUGUGUUCGGGGUCAUUGAUGGUCUGAUAAGUGGGUACGAUUGGGCCGGCCUGGGGGACGCCGUCGUCGUUGACGUGGCGGGCUCCAUAGGGCAUAUCAGCCGGAAACUUGCCGGGCACUUUCCGCAACUCGAGUUUAUCGUGCAGGACUAUGAAGCCGUCUGCCGCCAAGGGGAGGCCAUCUUGCCGGCCGAGCUGCGGGGUCGCAUUCGCUUUCAGCCGCACAACAUGUUCGAUGCGCAGCAGGGGAUACCAGACAAGAAGAUUGUGUACUUUCUCCGCAUGAUCCUGCAUGACUGGAGCGAUCAAGAAUGCUGUCGGAUUCUACGGGCUGUCCUCCCUGGACUGAAACGGGGAGACCGCAUCAUAGUCCAGGAGCAUAUAGUGCCAGACCCUGGGACGGGAUCGCUGUUUGUGGAACAAGUCCUGCGUGGCCUUGAUAUGAAUAUGCUUUCUGCCACCAAUGGUCAGGAGCGCAGCGCAGCCCAGUUCCAACAUCUGGUGCGCAUGGCAGAUCCCAGGCUGAAGGUUGUGAAUAUCACUACACCCACCGGUUUAGAUAUGGGGGUGGUUGAAAUAGCCUUGGAAGAUGGUUUGUAGGGGGUGUAUUGUUGAGAAGUAGUAAUUCAGCGAACAAAAGCUUGGAUAGUCUUACCUCAGUAGGAC